AUGUCCACGGCCGCGUUAAAUGUGGUAAAGUUAACGCGGGUCCCGGGACACCGACUUCUCUGGACCUUAGCUCGGCCUACCACGCACCAAACACGUCCGAGUCCUCCACCCGCUGCCGUGCCCGUGUUGCCGAAAGUCGCGCUGAAGAAACCCAUUCUUCCGUGGACGCUCCAUCGGGCUUAUAGCACCGUGCCGAAAGAGAGCGAAGAAUACCAUAAUAUCAUACAGAACUCGGAAAAAGCCUCGACCGAGGGCGAGAAACAUGACUUCCAAGCGGAAACAAGAAUGCUCCUGGACAUCGUUGCGAAGAGUUUAUAUUCCGACAAGGACAUAUUCGUGAGGGAGCUCAUUUCGAAUGCCUCAGAUGCCCUGGAAAAGUUCAGAUAUCUGAGGCUCACCGAAUUAGCGGAAAAUAAAGAAGCCCAGGAGGCGGCGCUUGAAAUCCACAUCGCCACCGACAAGCAGGCCCGAACCUUCACCAUUCAAGACACGGGAAUUGGAAUGACCCGCGAGGAAAUGAUCAGCUGUCUCGGGACUAUUGCCCGAUCCGGGUCAAAGGAGUUCCUCAAGGAGAAUCUCGGCAAAGGAAAUACCGACUCGAUAAUCGGACAGUUCGGUGUCGGUUUCUACUCAGCUUUCAUGGUGGCAGACAAAGUCGAGGUGUUCUCUAAGAGUCGCAAGAGUGACAAAGCCUACAAGUGGACAAGCGAUGGCGACGGCUCGUACGAGAUCACUGAGGCCGAGGGAGUGUUGGAAGGAACCAAGAUCGUCCUACACCUCAAGACGGAUUCCCGGGAAUUCGCAGACGAGGACAAAGUUCGAGAAAUAAUCCGAAAGUUCAGCAAUUUCGUCGGAAGUCCGAUCUAUUGCAAUGGCAAGAAAGCUAACCAAUUACAAGCUGUCUGGCUCAUGGACCCGAAAGAAGUCACCAAGGAAAUGCAUAACGAGUUCUACAGAUUCGUAUCCGGAGCCUACGACAGUCCUCGCUUCACGCUGCACUUCAAAACAGAUGUCCCUCUGCAGCUCAGUACCUUACUUUAUGUACCAGAAAGUAAACCCGGCAUGUUCGAAAUGAGUCGUGAUUCGGAGAGCGGAGUGGCGUUGUACUCCAGGAAGGUGCUCAUAAAACCCAAGGCUGAGAUUCUACCCAAGUGGCUCCGAUUCGUGAAGGGCUGCGUCGACUCCGAGGACAUUCCUCUGAACCUGUCUCGUGAGCUUCUGCAAGAUUCUGCGUUGAUCCGAAAGAUCAGAAGUCUCAUCACCUCGAAACUGAUCCGACUCCUUCAAGACAGCAUGAAGAAGGAUCCUGCGUCCUACGAAGAGUUCUACACUAACUACAAUGUUUUCCUGAAAGAGGGAAUUCUCGCCUCAAACGAACAAUCUGAGAAAGAAGAUAUUGCCAAACUGUUGCAAUUCGAGAGCUCCACGCUCGAACCGGGCCAGAAGACCUCGAUCUCCGACUAUCUCGGCAGAAUGAAAGAGGGCCAAAAAGACAUCUAUUAUCUGGCAGCACCGAGCAGACAGCUUGCCGAGAACUCGCCGUACUUCGAGGGUGUGAAGAAGAAGGACGUCGAAGUGCUCUUCUGCUACCAACCGUACGACGAGCUAGUCCUCGUGCAAUUACGGAACUUCAAGAGUAAAGCCGUGAUCUCAGUAGAGAAGGAAAUGCGUCGUGAUGCGGAAACCGAACCCAUGGCAACCGAGUCGAUGAAAGAGCUGUCGGAAUGGUUGAAGACCACGCUCCAACCAAAAGUGCACAAAGUCAAAAUGACCGGCAGACUGAGCGAACAUCCGUGUUUGAUAUCUGUUGAAGAAAUGGCUGCGGCGAGGCAUUUCGUGAAAACAUCCCUGUCCCAAUUCAGCGAGGACGACCGUUACAAACUCCUGGAACCUACUCUGGAGCUAAAUCCAACCCACAGCAUCAUCUUGAAGCUCACAGCGCUCAAGGAUUCGAAUCCGUCACUGGCCAAGAAACUUGCGGAACAGCUGUUUUACAAUGCCAUGGUUUCGGCGGGUCUGGUCGACGACCCGCGAACAGUGACUGCUGGUCUGAAUAGCCUCUUGAACGAAUUGUUGGAGAAGCAUUGAAAUAGGCGCGGACGGAAGCGACUAGAAUCAUCUCAUCCUGGGGCAAUGCAAUGAAAAAAACAUUCUCCCUCUCUAAGUAAAACGAAUGCCUGGCUGAGACCCCUAUUCCCUUACGAGCAGACCCUGGCUCGCCUGGGUGGACGGUUGAAGUAUUCUGCGGUUGUAUGUGUAAUAUCCACACGGAUCGUUCUCGAGAAGGCGUAGCGGAAAC